CGAGGGCGUUACCCGUCCUUGGCUGCCACACCACACGUGGUACUGGUUGCGCGGCACAGCAAUGGCUGGCGUGCGUUUGGGUCUUUCCUUUGGUGAGGGGGCUGCCUCCGUUAUUCGUUGGAAGUUGCCAGGACAAGCUCGUUGAGCCUCUAGACAUCCUUCUGUCCAAGCAAGGUCCUCUUUUGCGGACCAAAGGCGGGUCACCAACCAGCCUCCAGGCCAUCUUUGAACAUUUACGCUUGUCGCUAUCGCGAGACAUGUUGCGAGUGCUGACCCGCCUGCCGCGCCUGGGCCGUGGCCUCGUUGGCGCGCGAUGGCCGGCAGCUGCUCGUACCAUCGUGCCGGCUGAAAGCCUCGCUCUGGGCCGACGCCACCUGGGCCUGGCCUCACCAGAAACUCAAGUCAAUGUGCUGCCACGCCCCUCUGAGGGGCACCCGCACCUCUUGGCCGCGGACCAAAGCGAUUCCGCGACCCUUACACUCGAGUGGAGCACGGGUCAAAUCACGACGCUCGACUUGGCCUGGGCCUUUCAUCAAUGCCGUUGCUCUACCUGUGUUCAAGCCGGAAGUGGCCAGCGCCAGCGCUAUCCUCCCGACAAUGCCCUUCAACACAAUGAAGAGCUGCAAGCCGUACGCUGGCAGCCCCAGCAGGGGCAUGUUGAGCUGGACGUGGCUCGGCCCACUCCCACAGGCCUGCAAGUGAUCCACACCGUCGUUUUGCCUGAAGACGCUCUGGCUCGUUCGCUUCGAGCCACGCAGGUGCUCGCUGACACGCGACGCACGCUAACACCUCUAAAUCUGGUUGAGCCAGCCAAUUUGGCUGUUCAUCGUUACACAGAUGUGGUGCAGGGCGACACGCCGCAACUCUUUGCCUGGCUUGACGACAUGGCCAACAAAGGCGCCGCCCUUCUCGUGGAUGCUCCCGCUGGCGAUCCCGAUGCCCGCGUCGUCGACCUUGCGGCUCGAAUCAGUCAGCCCAUGCCGACCAUCUACGGCGCAACUUUUGACGUGGUGGCGACGGAAAACCCCAUCAACAUUGCCUACUCCAGUGUGGCCUUGGAUUUGCAUCAAGACCUCGUAUAUUACGAGUCAACUCCAGGCCUGCAGUUUUUGCAUUGUGCCGACUUUCACGAGACGAUUGAGGGUGGUGAAUCGCUGCUGAUGGAUGGCCUGGCCGUGGCUGCUCGGCUGCGCGAUCAGGACCCUGACGCCUAUCACCUGCUUCAACAAGUACCCAUGACUUUUGAAAAGGUGCACUAUGAUCGGGCACUGCCCGCCCAUUUGGUGGCGCAACGACCCAUCAUUACGGCCGACCCCGAAAGUGGCGAGCCUUUGGAGCUGGUUUGGGCGCCUCCCUUUGAAGGGGCUUUGCCCUUUCUCGAGCCCGGUCUCUGUCGCCGCUACUUUGAUGCCUACGCAGCGUUGGGCAUGGUGAUCCGCGAAAGCACUGAUUUGCUCAUCGAGCAUCGGCUUCUUCCCAACGAGACGCUCUGCUUCAACAACCGCCGGAUGCUGCACGGCCGUCGCAGCUUUGUGCUCCAUGAAGGCCACAUUCGCUUUCUCAAGGGCGUUUAUGUCAACAUUGACGAGUUUGUCAGCCGCCACACCAGCCUGAGCCAGCUCUUGGGUCUUUCUCUGCCCACCGCCCGUUAUGGUCAUGGCGUCGCCCCCAUGUGGUAAGGCGCCAUCCCACUAAAGAGUGUGUUCAACACCAGGCGGCACAAAAAUAAAAAAAAUAAAAAGACAAAACAAAAAAAAAACAAAAGAAUUGAUGUCUUGUUUAGUGUG